AUGUGCCGCCUGGGUCACAAGAAGUCGCGAAAGGGUUGCAUCAAUUGCAAGCGUCGCCGCGUCAAGUGCGACGAGCAGGCUCCUUGCCGCAAUUGUGUGAGGCGAGGCGAGGACUGCAGCCUUCUGGUCCCCUCUCCGAGCAAUGAAAGUGAGAAAAACUCCGCUUUGCCUAACACGCCUCAAGAAUGGAUGGACGACUUGUCCUUGAUGCGACAUUUUGUUCGAGAGACAGCCCUUCAGCCUUUCGGGACCAGCGAUGAGAUUCAGUUCCUGUAUCAGGAGAACAUCACAGAUGAAGCUCUCAAAUAUCCCUUGUUCGUACAAUCAGACGAAUACUUUGGAUCCCCACUGACCAUUACGACCAGCUUAAUGCAUGGCAUUCUAGCUCUGUCGGCUCUCCAUUUGAUGCACACCAAGCCGACUACAUCCGACAGAUACUUGCAGCUCUGCGAUAACCACCAAACGAAGGCGAUCGAGGUGUUUCGAUCCAUGCUAUCGAACGACCUGAGCGCUGAGAUGUGCGUGCCUAUCUUCGCGCUAGCAACGACGCUGUCAAUUUCCUCAAUCGCAAAAUCGUGUGCUAUGGCAUUGGCCAUGUCAGAACCACGAUGUGUCGACAUCGACCAGCUGCUCGAGAUGUUCAUGCUCACUCGAGGUGUCAAGGACAUCGUGAUGGUGUACGGCGAAGUCAUAGCCAAAAGUUCCUUGGCCCCAAUGCUUCACGGAUACGAAGUUCCACAUGAUGCCGAGAUUGUGCUACCAGAAGCCAUUUAUAGCCGGCUGAACGAUUUGACGGCACUGGUCGAGAGCACUUGCCACAAAGAACAACUGGAGCCGUGCAGAGACGCCGUAACACGCAUGGAGAAAAUGUACCGGGUCGUGGCGUAUCACGAAGCUAAAGACAAUCUCAUGACUGGUCAUCUCUAUUCAUGGAUGACGUCCGUGUCCAACGAAUUCGUGGCUUUGAUUCGCGAACACUUUCCAGCAGCGCUGGUCAUUCUCGCCGAUUUCGUGGCUGCGUCGUUGGUCUUGGAGUCUGCCUGGUACAUGAAGAAUUGGGGACACUAUUGCCUGCGCGGUAUCAGCAUGGCUCUGAAGCAGGACGAUUAUCUGAAGUGGCUUGAAUGGCCCAAAGCUCAGUCUCACGACAACAUGGUAAGCUAA